AUGUCUACUGCAAUUCAAAAACCUGGUCGUACUAUCCUAGCCUCUACAAUUUCAAAAAUAUAUGAUGAUGAAAUUCGUUCUAAAGUAGAGACAUUAAAGAGUACAAUUCCACAAGGUCCUUUAUUAGUUGGAUUUCUUGCAAAUAAUGAUCCUGCAGCUGAAAUGUAUGCAAGAUGGACUCAAAAGACUUCUGAAUCAUUAGGGAUUAGAUAUGAAUUAAGAAAGUUUGAUGAUAAAGAUUUAUUAGAAGAAAACAUUAUUGAAGCAAAUAAUGAUGAUACCGUUGAUGGAAUUAUGAUCUAUUUCCCAGUCUUUGGUAAUGCACAAGAUCAAUAUUUACAACAAAUUGUUAACAAGGAAAAAGACGUUGAAGGUUUAAAUCAUGUCUAUUAUCAAAAUUUAUAUCAUAAUGUUAGAUAUUUGGAUGAAAAGAAAACUUUAAAGUCAAUUUUACCUUGCACCCCAUUAGCCAUUGUUAAAAUUUUAGAAUAUUUAAAGAUUUACAACCCUUUAUUGCCAGAUGGUAAUCAAAUGUAUGGGAAAAAAUGUGUUGUUAUUAAUAGAUCAGAAAUUGUUGGAAGACCCCUGGCUGCAUUAUUAGCAAACGAUGGUGCUAUAGUAUAUUCUGUAGAUGUUAACAAUAUUCAAAAAUUUACUAGAGGUGAAAGUUUAAAAUUAAUUAAACAUCAAGUCGAAGAUUUAGGUGAUUAUUCAGAUCUUUUACUUAAAGAUGUUUGUAAAGAUGCUGAUGUUAUUAUUACAGGUGUACCUUUAGAAAAUUAUAAAUUUCCAACUGAAUAUAUUAGAGAUGGUGCAAUUUGCAUCAAUUUUUCAUCAUUUAAAAAUUUCGCUGAAGAUGUUAAGACUAAAGCUUCUUUAUAUGUGCCAAUGACAGGUAAAGUAACAAUUGCUAUGUUACUAAGAAAUAUGUUAAGAUUGGUAGAUAACAGACAAAAGGUUAAACACAUAGAUCAUUAA